AUGCAUGAAGACCUGGAUUUGGGUCCUCCGCUUGCAUUCACGGACAAGGCCAUCAGCAAAGCGCCCAAGAAACCCUCCGCUUGGGUUUACCCUCCGAGUGCGAACUCUGAUUCGGAUAGUGGAUCGGAUACGACGGCAUCGAUCUCGUUCAUGAUUCCUCUGGGUGGUCCCUCUCACGUCCGGGACUCAGACUUUCCGCUCUUGACUGGUUGGACGCAGGCUUUCAUCGACCAGUUCCAGACUGAUGUCGAAAGUCUCGCUCAACGCAAGUUUCAUCCCAAGCUUUCCUUGAAAGACCAGGAUCCAAAGAUCAAGGCCCAAGUCGUGGCGGAAGAUUCUCAAGAAGUACCCCAUUGUCGACAAUUCAUUGACCACUGGCCUCUUGAGAAGGUUCUUAUCAGAAUUUGCAAGAACUCGGCGGCGAAAUGGAGAAGGUAG